CCCCCAAUCCCGAAACCCUUCCCCAUUCUCUCCCUCUCCUCUCCUCUCCCACCUCUCCUCUCUCGGUGCAGAUCCCGGCCGGAGCUGCGGUCGGAGGGCGGUGGCGGCGGCAGCUACCGGCGAUGGCAGAGGCGGCUCAAGGCGGUGGAUGCGCGGAGGGUGGAACCAGCGGCGGCUCCCCUCCUCCCAGAUCCGGUGUAGACGGCUGCGGAGGAUGGAGGCGGCGUGGAGGGUGGACACGGCGGCGGCUCCGCCGGGAGGGCAGUGGCGGCGGCCGUCUCCUCCAGAUCUGGCGCCAUCGGACCCAAACCCUAUCCUGCCCAACGCUCGGCCGCCGCCUCACCCACACGGGGCGCAGGACUCCCCCCGCCACCUUCCGCCCUCCCCAACUCGUCACCGUCGUCGUCCGCCCUCCACCCGCCGCCGACGAAGUCAUCCGUCCUCCCCCGCUCUCUGCUGCCCGUCCUCGUGUCUCCACCGCUCCACCUCCAUACCCCACGCCGUUGGAAAGGGGGAGAGUGUAGGGGCAAGGACGGCGGCGCAAAGAUCUGCCCCCCUGUCCUCGGGAGCGACGGUGGCUCGCGGAUCCAUCGGCCUCUGUCCUUUGGAGCUGCUAGGCUCAAGUGGGAAGGACGGCGGCAUGCGGAUCCAUCGCCCCCCGUCCUCGGGAGCCUUAGCGGCACAUGGAUCCAGCGGCCUCCGUCCUCAGGAAUGGCAUGGCGGGAGCGGGAGGGCCGGCAGCAUGCUGAUCUUCCUGCCUCCGUCAUCGCGAGCGGCGGCGGCGGGCUUAGACGAGCGAGAGCGAGGGCGGCUGGCUUAGGCGAGCGGGAGCGAGUGGCAGCUGCAACAACAACAACAGUGAUGGUGGCUGCGACGACGAUGAUGAUGCUGACGGCGGCUGCGACGAAAACGACGAUGGCCUCCUCCAACCCCGGCACCGGGCCGGCCGUCGGCGACGACUUCACCUGCCUCGAUCACGCCGCUGCCGCCCAAUCCUCCCUCACCUGCGAGAUGACGAGGGGCUUGCUCAGCAUCGAGCCCUUGACGAGUUGGAGUGCGCAGUGCAUCAGAUUCAGACCACCUUCGCCGCCUCGAGCUUGACCUCGUGCUCGCUACGGUACUCCAUCCUUCACCCCCACCACCAACUCCCCCUUUUCCCCUCCUGCUUUCUGCUUGUGUUGACUCGAUGGAGAGAGCAAAAUCCACUCACCUGCAUUCCUUGAGAAGGCAUGGUAUUGCUCUUUCUUUGAACAGGAACGGCUGUAUUUUAGAUUGUUUUACUGUGUGAUGAAAAAUAGAGAGAGUUUGUGAGUUUCAAAUGAGCUUUUCUUUGGCUCCAUUAUACUGAUCCACGGUGGUGUAGGAUCAUACGAGACCAAACAAACCUACCAGAGAGGGGUGAAUGGUAGGAAAAACCAAAAACCCAAAAUCUUUUACAGAAUUAAAGAUUAUUCUCGAACGAAGUCGGUGACGAGGUCUAGUCGCCGCUGGUCGAACCGCCCACCUGCCGCCGGUCAGACCGCCCGAACACCUGCGGUCAGACUGCCGCUAUCCCACCGGUCAGACCGCGUGCACACCUACGGUUAGACCAUCGGGACAUAGAAAUACCGGUAGAUGACAAACUCGAAGAUGUAGAUUGAAACUUUUUGACUUUAUUGCAUCAACUAGUGUUUACAAAGUGCACAAACAGCACUCCUCACCAAAAUCUCAAACUAAACUCGAAACCCUAACUUUCUCUCAACUCUAGUCUCUCUAGAACCAAUAUUAGGAGGCCUCACCCUCCCUCUCUAUUUAUACAUAAAAAACCUCCUACUCAUAGUAGAUGUAGAACUACUAUUUACAAUAGGACUUAAUCCCUCAAUUUCCUUAUUCUCCAAAACCACAGCCGAACGCUCCUGUGCCGGCUCGGUCUCGGUCUCCUUCCUAUUCCUCCACGCGCUGACCCUUCCUCCAAGCAGGCCGCCAACUCACCACCUGGGCCGGCCUGUCUACAACACAAGCAAGCCCACGUGCACAUCCCAGCCGAGGCACUGCCGCUUGCCGCCAUCACACAUGUACAGCACACGUACAUGCAUCCCCGCUACAGUACCUCGUGUACUGUAGCACAUCUUUUCUUCUUCCAGUUUCUUCGUAAUUUCCUUCGCUAACACCGACACUUGCACACACACCUCGUGAAGCCCGUUGUGAAGAUCUCUCCCACACGAUGUCCAUCCACCGUAUACCAUCUCGUAUCCAACUUCGUCACCCGGUAUCCUUGACCUUCUGGAUCUCAACUCCUCCAUGAAUCUAGUCCCGAUCCCCACCGUUGACCGAAGUUGACCUCCAAGAAUCCUGACUCUAGUCAAUUUCUUAUAUGGUAUCUCGACCGCACUACACAUCUGUUCCUCAUUGAACAUAGUCCCGGUCCUCACCAUUGACCAAGGCUGACCUCAAGUCACCUACACACAAUCAGACAAAACAACCAUUUCUGGGCACAGAAAUCACAACCUGAUCCACAUUAGUCACACGCACUUACACCAACAUCCACACAUUUUUUCAAACCAAUUCAUCGAUUAAAUCAUUUGCAUAGCUAAUUGUUCAUCACAAAUAUUAAUCAUGACAAUAUUCUUUUCGAUAAUAUGAUGCUUGCUUGCAUAGCUUUCCAUGAAGAUUAUAUUGCACCCAUGCCUUCUCAUCAGCAUUGGCUACUCACUGCCUAAAUUUCAUAAAAUUGCCGUCUCACAGCUCCUCCUUCCCCCUCCUCUCUUUUUUGUUAACUUUGGUUUUCAUAGUUCAAGAAUAUGACACACUUUGGGCAUUGGUAGGAUGUGUUAAUAUUGCGAAAUGACAAUGGAGAAGUGGGCACUGAAAAGAACAGUCGAUCGUGUGUUGCCUAAUCGUCAGACAGUUAGAUAGUAGAUGAAGCAUUGUUGUGAGGCUGCCACUUUCCCAAGGAGAACGUUGUCCAUGCCAUGGGCCAGGCUAUCGAUAGCAGCGCAUCUUCUGGUUGCCCAUCGAUCCAUGUCCAGGUACAGCAUAGGGUUUUGUUAGGGCGCUAGCGUUAGGGUCUAAUUCAGGGUAUGAGUGCUUCAGGGACUGCACGGCCAUCGCGCUGGGUGGUUGAGGAGCCCUGCGACUAUGCCGCACUGUCUGAAUCAAUAUGCGAUGUAUGAUUUUUGUUAUGCACGAUACUUAGCCUGCUAACCUGAAUACAGAAUAGUUGCCUUUGCUCAACUAUUUUGAUAGGUAAAUCUGAAACCACUGAACUAAAUUAAUUUUGCUUUGGUGAGUUCAUUUAUAAGGUAGGGAGCUUGUCCUACAUCACAUUCCUGACUCCAGCUUUCUAUAUACUACAAUAGUUGUCUUUUUCUAUGUUUUUGAGAAUUGUGCCUGAAUUUCACUAGAUCGCGUCUUUUUGAAAUGAUAUCUUAGGUUGUUUGCAUGACAUGGGUACUACUAGAUUGCUACCAGGUUAACUGGUUAAGUCUAUUAUUGAUAUGAAGGAUUAUUUCAGUCAGACUUACAAACUGAAAGAUUUCCAAACUUGUCAGUGACUUACAAAAAUGUGCAAAUGUAUCUGUUGUCUUCCAUUAAUCCAAGUAUAUUUCUCCCUGGGGCACUGUUGAUAUUUUACGCAAUCUUGCAAGUAUCAACUGGACAUGACAGGCCAUCCCUCCUAAAUAAAGUUACCUCAUUUGUUUCUCAUCAAUGGGAUAUGCAUCAAGUGUCUAAAGAUGGCAUUGUCUUGGAGAAGAAUUCUGAUGGGGGUAACCGAUUGCAUUUCCCCCUCCAGUUUUGAAAUUAUAUUUUUGCUAUCACCUAUUUACUACUUUUUAAUUUUUGUUUUCAGUGCUAAUUUUAUAAUCAAUGUAAGUAUUUUAUUGCAAAAUUGAAAGAUCGGAUCAUCGGAGGAAUGUUCCGCUUUGGUGUAUGAACAUGUUACAGUUGUAUUGAACAAGCAAUUAGGUGAGCAAGGCGAAAUUAGAGCGAAGAAGAACCUGUUGGCACCAUGGCUAAGGGCCUCCUUCACUGGAAAUUCUGAGCAUGCUUGGUCCUGCAAUCCUGCUGAUGAAAACAGUCGAAAUCUAUAUGUAACCCUACCUCCCCACCAUUUGCAAUGCCCUACUUGUAGAUUGUAUCAGCUGAUACCAUCAAUGCCACUGUAGAUGCACGCCUCUUUCUGGGAUCUAUAGAGUUCUUUCGGGGUUCUAUAGAGUUCUUUCGGGAUUUCUGGUGGGCAUCAAGCAAUUUUUUACGUGAUCAAGAGAUUACUCUUUUCCUGCUGAAUAUUAAAGCAAAGUUGAUUCCAUCUGUUGUUGCAUUUAUUUCGGUUUCCAUAAGCCUCUUCAUGAAGGAUUCAUUGCCAUACAUCCCAAUCAUAUUAUUUGGCAACUAUAUAAGCUGAAUUUACCUGCAUUGCUUCCGAAAGAGGCUGGAAGCAGUCUUUUAAAGGCUACCCAAGUGAUGAAGUCUUAUUCUCUUGCUUCUUCUCUGAAUUUUUGAGGUACUGAUUUUCUCUUGGGAUCUGUGUUGUUUCUGUAAGCCAGCUGCUGCUGAAGCCUCAAGGCAAGGAUCUUUACUGUGGAGUAUGCAUAAUUACUGAACACAAUUACAUAAACUUGUCUGAUUCAGGAAGAGGACAAAUUGGGACUUGGGAGCAAGAGAUGUGGUAGGACUAGAGGAGAGAGCCAAUUGUUUGUCAUGUACAGGAUUCUGUUCUUGGUAAUUAAUUCCGAAAGGAAAUCGAUAAAAUUUGAGUUAGUAUUUAACUGUGAUAUAUACAGCAUAACUGAAUGUUUCAACGCAAAUACGAUAAUAAACUCUGGGUUACCCACGAUAAA